AUGGCCAAUCCUUUCGCUAAUCCGACGGCCACCGCUGCACGACCCAUGCUACUUCAAAUAGAAGACCAGUACAACAAACGAAUUGACGACGAUGUAGCGAAAUUAGUUGAUUGCUUUGCCGAUAUUGUCAAAGUGGGCGAGGUACGUUCGUCCGAAUCACUGCUGAGUCUCAUCACGGAAUUGAAGCAACAUUUACUGCUCAACGACACAAACACUUUAUCACGGUUAAUGGAAAAGCGAUCGGAAGAAUUAACGCGUCAAAAAGAUGAGAUAAAAGAUACCCUCAUUGGUAUGCGAAAUGAGCUUGCGUCGACCAUUUAUGAUUUGGAAUCAGUUUAUUACCGUUCCCUCACAGGUCCUUAA